AUGAUUUAUGGUAAAUAUUUAUUUUUGUCUCAAAUAUUUGUUUUUCCAUCUUUUGUUUUUCAAAAUUGUAUUUCUUUUUUUUCUCUCAUCUUUCUUUCUGUAUUUAUGUUCCUUUUCAAUACUUGUCACAUUUAUUUCUUUUUGUCUUUAUUUGAUGUUUUUCUUUUGUCUUACUUUUUUUCUUUUAAUUCUUAUUUUUCUUCCUUUCCCUUAAUUUUUCCUUUCUAUUCUCUUUUUUUCACUUUCUUUCCAUUUUGCUUUUAUAUUUGUCACUCCUUUUCUUUUCAUUUUUUUUUUUAUUACUUUUUUCUUUUUCUUCAUUUUAUCUUUUCUAUUCUUUCAUGUUCUUUUGUUUUUUCUCAUUUUUCUUUGUUUUCUUUUUAUUUCUUUUCCGCUUUCUUCUUACAUUCACCACUCCCGUUUUUACCAUUGUUUUUUUUUUUCAUUUUAUUUUUUUCUUUAUUUUUCAACUUUUCCAUUAUUCUAUUUUUUACUUUUUUCUUUUCUUCCCAUUUUCUUCCCAUUUUCUCUUCAUUUCUUUUAUCUCCCUCUUACAUUCUUUACUCUUUCUCUCAAAUUCACUUUUCUUUCCUAUUAUAUUUUUCCUUUUCUUCCUUCUUCCUGGCGUUUUCUUCCUCUUUUUUUCUCUGCUUCUUACUUUCCUUCUCUAUCCUUUUUUUUUUUUUUUCCUAUUUCCAUCAUUAUUUUUCUUACAUUUGUUCAUCUCAUGUUACUUCUCCUCCAACCAAUAUCCUUUUUACAAGUAAUAUUGGCAAAAUAUUCGCAGAUGUGAUUAUCUUUCAGCAAAAACACCAUUCAUAUCCUCGCUAUUCAUAA